AUUUUAGUAGCCAUUGUCUGGUCUUUAGCCCUUUUGUGUUUUGAAUUAGUUGUUUCAGUUUGAGUCAGCAGAGUAAGUAGAUUUUUCCCUCUGAUGAAAAAACACAUAGUGAGGACAUUAGAUGUGUCUUGUACAUGCAUGUUUUGCUGCUCAUAUUGGUGCUUACUGUUUCAUAGCAGUGCUUUUAGAUAACUGGGUUUUUUUUUUCACCAGCCUUUGGACAGCCUUUUGGAGAGCCUCUGGAUUGCCCUUGGACAUCCUUUGGUCAACCACCUCUGCAUCACCGCGUAUCCUUUCAUCCAUUCAUCCAUCCAUCCAUCCAUCCAUCUGUUUUGUGUGCCUUGUUCUCUCUCUCUUUGUCUCUCUCCCUCCCUGUGUUUGUCGGUCUCUCUUGUGCUCUUGUGCUGUCUUCCAGGAUGCCUCGGAAGGGGAGACGCUCCCAGGCCCAGAAGCAGCGCUGGAGGAAGCCGGACGCGUCAGAGAUGCCCACCCCUCCUGUCGACGCACCCCACUGCACCCGCUCUCCCCAGUACAAGAAGGUUGGUUCCACCUUGCCAGCCGGACGGUUCUGGGAAGAGCGGCAGGCGCGUGCAAACCUUAUUGCACGCCGUGGCACCGGUUACCGCCACAAAGCUUUGAAAUGGCCAACUUCACCCUUUACUGGGCGCAACCACAAGUUGGUCAUUCCUCCUGAGCGCCCUGGAAAGAAGUUCAUUCUUAUUGUCGGGGACUCCCAUCUACGUGCUCUUGUAGAUGGCUUUAUUGGGAUGCCAGAGUCUCGGCUGAGCUUUGGCUUCCUGUCGAUCCCGGGGGCAUCUGCUUCUGAAAUUCGCACUGAGGUUCUGCACGCUGCAGUUCCUCGUGCACCUGAUGCCGUCUGCGUCAUGGCCCCUGGAAACAACCUGUCCAGCACCACUGUUGAGAAGGCCGGUGUGGAUUUUGCCAAUCUCCUCACCACUUGUGGCAACCGCUGGUCCAAGGUUUUUGUGGUCGACUUUCCUCCCCGCCUGGUCGUUGACGUCCAACACCAGGACCUGCUUCGCCAGGAAUAUAGACGUGUGGCUGCUCGUAUGGGUGUAAAGUUCUUCAACACUGCAGAGCACUUCCCCCUGAGUGAUUUGGUGCUGUGGAGCAAGGAUGGUGUCCAUCUGAGUGAUCGUGAGGGGAUGGGGAUCCUCGUCCAGUUGUUCUGGUCCGCUGCCAGCGAGCAACUGGUGACACCACCUCCUUCGCCCCGGAUCUCUCCUCAGCCUCCAGUUCGGAAAGCUACAGUGAGAGAGAGAUCCCCUGCUCCACCCAGCCCGAAACCCCGUGAGCGGAGGAAAAUUGGUCAGGGCGGCAAGACGAGCCAUCCUCGGGAACCUCCCCGGUCCAGAGGUUCACCAAAGCCCAGGAUGGCUCAACAGCAGGUGGAGGAGAGCUUCCUUCCACUGAACCCCGUCUGGUUCAGCAGCACAGCCCUAAGUGCCAUGGAGAAAGUGUCUCCCUCACAUAUGUCUUGCCUGGCGGAUUUCAAUGCCAUGGAGAAAGUGUCUCCCUCCCGUGUGUCUUGCCUGGCGGAUUUCAAGGCUUCCCCUAAGCCAAAGAAGCCGUUUGACUCACCCCCGGCCAGAUUGUCCUGCAGUUGGGGCAAGACAGAAACCCCUGUUUGUUCUCCCAUUGCAAAGAUCGCCAAGAUGAUGACCCCCUCACCGAAUGGACAGGCCUGGACAGCUGAUGAUGCGGGCUGCAAGCCUCCUUCUCCUGAGAAGAUGACCCGAACACCGACUCCAUCACAAACCAAGUGGCCCUGGUUCAUGACAGCUGCAUCCACCUCAGCUGAUGCACCAACAGACAAUGAUAAAACCAGGAGCGAGAGUCACCGUGUGGAGUCAGUCCGGGCCAGUCAUUCUCAGAAUGAUAGGAGGUACAAAGUAUUUUCCCGCAACCAUCAGUGUAGCUGUAAUGCAUUGACAUUUCUGGCAUACCACACUGAGGGCUGUCAGUUCACCAGGACUACACUCGAUAGAGUCCUGGCUCAGGGAGACGCGCUGUAUGUCGGAGUCAAACAGCAGUUGAUUCGCGACAAGACCUUCCAGAGCAAUCACCUGGCAGUCGAGGAGAUGCCAAAACAAGUCCUCACAGACAGACAUUUGUAUAAUGUCAACAUGUCUGAGAUCAGGUGUGGCUUUUUAAAAACUCAAGUCUCGAGCCCUGGAAGACGGCAGUGGUGGCUUCCGCUUGCCACCCAGCUGGAGUGUCUUUCAGCAGAGGUUAAUCAGGCUUUAAUCAUCAUUUCACCCGAGGUUAUCGCUGUUUUCCGUGGUCAGUCCGGGAGGUAUGGAGUGUUUGAUUCCCACUCCAGAGACUCAAGAGGAUUACCCUCUCAUUCCGGGAGGGCGAUCGUCAUGACUUUUGCGGAACUCAGUGACCUGGCUAACCACCUGCACACACUCUUUAGAGACCGUGGAGACUCUGCAAGUUACGAGUUUGUCCCGGUUUCUUUUCAGACUGACAGCCCCAGUGCCUCACAUCAACAAUCCCCGGAAUCCGAGGUUCAACAUGAAGUGUCUGAACCUGCUCUCCUCGCAUUGCAGGCAGACAGUGGGAUGGCUGUCAAAAUUGAGGAGGACGUUAAAGGUUCCUCAGCUGUCCCACAAGCAAUAAAGCUCUCUAAAUUGGAAAAAGAUCGGAGGCGAAAAGCCAAGAGGAGAGCAUGUGACAAAAAGGAACAACUGAAAGAAAAAAUUGGGAAAAAAACUGGUGAGAGAAUCAGGUAUGCCAGCUGUGCCGAAUUUCGCAGGAAGAAAAUUCAGGCACACAGUAAGUGUGUGCAAAAGAACCAUGAACAACGGCUCUUGUCUUCUAAAAAAUACUAUGCGAAGUUCAAUGUCAAAAUGCGAGACAGCGUAAAAAACAAAUACAUGACAGAUUCUGCUUUUCGGAGCAGGAAACAAAAUUAUAUUGUCAAGAGGUACAGAAUGGAUCCAGCCUUUCAGAACAGGCAGAAAAAGUAUGUUGUCCAGAGGUACAGGAAGGAUCCAGAGUUCAGGCUACAUCAUAUUCAACGCUGUAGCCUGCUCAGAAGACGCAGGUUGGCUGCCAAUCCUGACAUGCGUCAGAAGUUGUGGAGAGCACUGAGCAUCAGGCGGAAAUACCGACAGCUCGGAAACUCUCGCCAGCCAGUGCUCACUUCAGUGAUGGCAGCGGCAAUAGCAGCAUUCCGUGAGACCAUCAGCCAUGGACCAACAUACGUCUGUACCGUCUGCCACAGGACUAUGUUUCCAAAUCAAGUCAAGUCAUGCAAGAGAGUUAAGUACUCCACCAACAUCGACGUGGCACAGGCUUGCUUGACUGGAACAUAUGUGCAUGUCUGUGACGCUGAGUGCUCCUCCCCUUGCUCAAUGCCACCAGAGAGACUGCAGGAGUGGAUCUGCCACAACUGUGACAGCCACCUCAGCCGUGGGAGGAUGCCAACACAUGCAGUAGCGAACAAUUUAGAGUUGGCAGCCAUUCCCCCGGAGUUGGCCCAACUCAACGUGCUGGAGAGACAGCUCAUCGCUAAAAUCCUCCCGUUUGCGAAGAUCAUCGCCUUACCGAAAGGACAACAGCGAGCAGUCCAUGGAGCUGUUGUGUGCGUUCCAUCGGAAGUGGAAAGCGUUGUCAACAGUCUUCCACGUCCCCUCCCAGAAGCACAGCUACUGCAGGUGAAAUUAAAGCGUCACAUUCGAUUCAAAGGUUACCAGCACUUCUACACUGUCAACAUGAAGAAUGUGCUGGUAGCCCUGGAAAAACUCAGAGAGCAGCACGCUGAGUAUUCCGAUGUGACCAUUGAUGAACAGGCCACGUUCCAAAAUCUCCUCCACGACUCAGACAACGAGUGCACGGAUGAUGCGCAGUGGGGAGAAGACAGCAUGCUCGACGAGGAGCUGCUGGAGGCGGCUGAUAGCUACACUGAGCCAGUCUUGGCCGAUUUUGUGUCAGCCGCAGGAACGAGUCGGCCAGAAGACGACCAAACACGCAAUACUGACAUGCCAUCACCAAGCACUGAGCUGGAAAACCGGUCCAAUGAUGUCACGACAGAAACCCUCUUGGAGGAGUCUGCCGAUGACAUAGACUCUCAGCACGACUGCAUGGAUGCUGCCCAGUGGGGAGAAGACAUCUUGGACCAAGAGCUGCUACAAGUGUCUGACAGCUACCAGACCAAUUUAGCUGCAGACAUACCCACCGAACAGCAGGAGGAGCUAAGACCUGGACUUGCUCUGGACACCUGCAUGCAGCCACCAGACAUUGCGCAGGAAAUACUUUCCUACGGAGAUGGCAUUUUCAGCGUUGCCCCCGCCCAAGGCAACAAACCAGUGGGAUUUUUUGCAAUCCCCAAACUGGAAGGCAUGGCGUUCCCUGUGCAGUUUCCCACGGGAGAGAACACGCUGGAUGAAGACCGUCCCAUCAAACUUUCACCCAGCAGAUACUUUAACGCCAGGCUUUUCGGGGCAGACACGCGGUUUGCCGAGGACCAGACUUACCUUUUCUUUGCUCAGUUUGUAACGGAGACGAACCUCGCGAGAGGAAGUAUGUCGAUACAAAUGCGCAAAGGAAAGAUGCGCACAAAAGACGGGCGUGCCAUCAAAAACUCCAUGCUCCAGGACAAAGAGGAGGUGGAGAGAUUAAUUCAGGCCAAAGAGGCCAUGCGAUUUAUGCAGCCUCUGAGAGGCACACCCGCAUAUUGGAAUAAAAGCCUGAGAGAUUUGCAUGCUAUGCUCAGGCAACUCGGCAAACCGACGUUCUUUUUGACUUUUUCGGCAGCUGAGAUGAGAUGGCCUGAAAUAAUUGGGGUCAUCAAAUCUCAGCAAGGACAAACACUUGGUGACUUUUCCGAACUGGACUGGAAAGCCAAGUGUGACAUUUUGCGCAGUAACCCUGUCACCGUAAUGCGCAUGUUUGAAAAACGUGUGGAUGCCCUUAUGGCAAAGUUGAUCCUCUCACCAGCGCGGCCCAUCGGCGAGGUGGAGGAUUAUUUUUACCGCGUGGAAUUUCAGGCCCGCGGAAGCCCACACAUUCACAUGCUAGUGUGGGUCAAAGACGCCCCUGUGUACGGCGAGGACUUGGACCACACCGUAUGCAGGUUCAUUGACCGCCACAUUUCCUGCCAGAUGCCUGACCCCGAGAAGGACCCGGAGCUCCACAAAAUCGUCUCGGAGGUUCAGGUACACAGCAGGAGCCACACCGGCUCUUGCCGAAAGGGAAACGUGGUGUGUCGUUAUGGCUUCCCCAAGCUGCCGUUUGAUAUCACCUGGAUCACGGAGCCCUUUGCUGCCGAUGUGGAAAUGGAAGAUGGUCAAGACCAGGAAGAGGUGAUGAAGGAACGGAGGGAGCAGAUCCGUCGGCAGCAAAGGGAAGCAAAGGAAAAGCUUCGGCACCUGAGAGAGCUCCUCAUGGAUCCGAAGGCCUCCUUUGAGAGCUUGUCAGAUCUCCUCCGUCGAUGCGACUUGGAACACGACGCCUAUAUGAAGUGCGCCGAAAAUCUGACAAGCGGGAGCGUGGUCAUGCUGAAGCGGCAGCCGAACGAAUGUUGGGUUAACGCCUAUAACCCAGACCUUCUCCGCGCUUGGAACGCAAACAUGGACAUCCAGUACGUCCUGGACGAGUACUGCUGUGCCAUGUACAUGAUGUCGUACAUCACCAAGCCGGAGCACGAGAUGACCGAGAUCCUGAACUCGGUCGUGAAGACCAGCAGAGAGUCUGCUUUCAACCAAAGUGAGGAAAUGAGAAAGAUCAUGCAGGCCUAUGCGAAGCACCGAGAGGUCAGCGCCCAGGAGGCAGUGGCUCGCACGUGCAGCUUGCCCCUGAAAAAGUGCUCGCGGUCUGUGAUUUUCCUCUCGACGGACGAGGAAGCCAUGAAGAUGAGUCUUCCUAUGAGUCGCCUGAAGGACAUGGCACCUGAGUCUGAAGAGGUCUGGAUGUUGGGGGUACCUGAGAAGUACCUGUUCAGACCAAAGACUCCCGAGUUUCAGGGGAUGUGCCUGGCUGAGUUUGCAUCAGACUACCGGGUAGUCUACGGCGAGCAAGCACAGGGCCCCAGUGCCAUUGCCCUUUUGUGUGACAAAGGACAUAUUGCCAAGAGGACAGCCGGAAAACCAGCAGUCGUUCGAUAUGCGCGCUUCUCUGAGACCAAGGCGCCAGAGAAACAUUUCAGACGACUGCUAAAGCUGUACCUCCCCCACCGAUCUGACGACGAACUCAACGACGGGGGUCGCACCUCGUACGAAGAGUUCUACAAAUCCCGACGCGACGUCAAGGACAUCGUGGAGCACAACAGGAAGCGAUUCGAGGGACGAGGCGCAGGCAUGGAUAAGGCACUCCAGAACGUCCAGUUCGGUCCGGUCCUCAACGCUUGGAACACGUUCGCACCCGAGGUUGAGGCGGAACGGCAGGAGUGUCUUGAGCUCCGUGAAAAGAUCCCAGAGGAGCAGGACGAAGACGCCGUGCCCGACUUUGAAGACCUGAAUGUCGGUGAACCCGUUCCCCGAAUCGAGGCGCCUCGGUUAAGUCCAGACUUUGUCCGCAAGAUGUUUCAGAGUCUGAACGAGACCCAGGCGUGCGUCUUCUACGCUGUGCGCCAGUGGUGCCUUCGGCGUGUGUGGGGCCAAGAUCCAGAACCGUUCCACUACUUUGUCUCUGGUGGAGCUGGUUGCGGUAAGUCCCACGUCAUCAAGUGCAUUCAUGAGGAAGCAACGAGGAUUCUGCGGCAGCUCCCGAGAUUCCGGGACGCAGCUGACAUGUCCCAGCCCACUGUCCUUCUGACUGCCUUCACGGGCACGGCAGCCUUUAACAUCGCGGGCAAAACGUUGCACUCUGUCCUUAAGCUUCCCAGGUCCCUGGAACCGCCGUACCAGGGCCUGGGCAAUGCACUUGAUGAACUUAGAGCAGCUUUGUCUUCGGUGGAAAUUCUCAUCAUCGAUGAGAUUUCCAUGGUUUCCAAGAAGCUGUUUGCCUACGUCAACUGGCGAUUCCAGCAGCUCAAAGGAAACCGAAGACCUUUUGGCGGCAUUUCCGUUCUUGCAGUCGGCGACUUUUACCAGCUGCCGCCGCUGGGCAGGGCCAAGCCGCUCUGUGUCUACGAGGAGACAGAGUUCGAUCUCUGGAGAGAGCGCUUCACCAUGGUCAACCUCACUGAGAUCAUGCGCCAGAAGGAUGACCGAGCGUUCGCCGAACUCCUCAAUCGACUGCGUGUCAAGCGCAAGCAAGAUCCUCUGUGCGCUGCGGACAGAGGCUUGCUCAUGAGAGCCGUCUCUGACGGCAAAGAUUGCCCGCCAGGAACGCUGCACGUCUUUGCCACCAACAAGCAGGUGGAUGGUCACAACGCAGCCACCGUGGCCUCCCUGCUUAAAGGGGACGUCAAAAUAGCGGCCGAGGACUACAGGAAGGAUGUCGCUACCGGCAGGAAGGUGCCUGUGCCCAACAUCAAAGGCACCAAGAGAGAUUUGCCUGACAGCAUAAUGGCAGCUGAAGGAGCAAGAGUUAUGCUGAUCAGGAAUCUCAACGUGGAGGAUGGCCUUGUCAAUGGAACCUUUGGGACCAUCUCCACCAUUCUGCCUGACAGACGUGACCCUAAAGUCGUGAGCUUUCUUGGACUUAAACUGGAUAAUACCACAGCAGGACAGACUCUCCGCAAAAAGCUUCUGGGCCCCUCGGACGACUUGGUCUACGUCGAGAGAUCCGAGGAGAGCAUCGGUCGCAAGGGCGGAGUCGUGAGACGUCAGUUCCCCGUCAAGCUGGCCUUUGCGUGUACAGCCCACAAAGUUCAGGGAAUGACGGUGACGUCGGCUGUCGUGAGCCUGAAACGCAUGUUUCAGCCAGGCAUGGCGUAUGUGGCGCUUAGUCGCACCACUUCGCUUCAGGGUCUCACCAUCACCGAUUUUGAUGAGACAAAAAUCUAUGCUGACCCUGCCAUUACGACAGCUUUGGAAGACAUGCGCAGCGCGAGUUUCCAGAGUGUUACUCCGCUGUUGCACCGCUUCAACCGGACGGAGCGACCAGAUGCAGAGGUGACAAUCGUCCAUCAUAACACCCAAGGGCUUCCAUCUCACAUGGUGGACCUGAAGUUGCAUCACGAACUCAGGUUGGCAGAUGUGCUUUGUCUCACCGAGACACAUCUGUCAGGGUCCUCUGUAUCCUCCUCCUUUGAUCUGGAGGGAUACACUGUGUUUCACCGCAGCAGACAGGCGUGUUACACCACGUGCAGGGACAUGGCGUCAAAGGCCGGGGGUGGAGUUGCCGUGUACUGCAGGAGCACUCUGAUGGCGGAGGCGCCGAGCUGCAUGGGACGUGUCACAGAUCUCGAAUGUCUGGUCGUGAAGGUUGAGGUCCCAGUCAAAGUGCUAAUAGCAACUGUGUAUAGACCCCCAGAUUUUGGUUUGCAAAAGUUUCUGCCAAACCUCAACGCUCUCUUGGACACAUUGGAACUGUUGGAUCACCACCCCAUUGUUGUUUGUGGUGACUUCAAUGAAGACCUCCUUUCGAGAGGCAAAAAAAGCAUAAGAGAUGCACUUCUGUCCAGAGGCUACAACCAAUUGAUCACAGAGUCUACCACAGACAAGAACACUGUGAUUGAUCACAUUUACAUUUCCCAACCUGAGAAAUGUGUUCAGUCAGGUGUUCUCCAAACGUAUUAUAGCUAUCACAGCCCGGUCUAUUGCAUUUUGACUGGCUAAAGCCUCACCAGCCAACACUGAUUUUGUGUCACACACUCACUUUGUGACACAUCAGCGUGUUGUGCUGUCCGAUUUUACAGUUGUGUCACACGUUUUUCAUGUGGCACAUUGUUCUGCUGUGUUUUGUUCUUGGUCUGAUUUGUUCUUUGAGUUCCAGGCCUGAGGGGGUCCAGGAGGUGCAGUGGUGAGAUCAGACGUCCUCCCACAAGUCCCCUCCUCUCGGACGCCCAGUCCUUUUGGAAGUCUUCUACAGCCUCCCCAUAGGCAUGUCUCAGAAUUUGGACUUGGCUUCCUGUGGUCCAGGGAGCGGGGUGUGUAGUGUGCAGUGUCGGCCGACGGCCUGUAUAGGUCCGGUAACGGCUGUAGCUCCACAUCUGCUUCCACGACCUGCUACGACGGGACAUGCCUCAGACAACACAGAAGACCUCCAGAAGGCUGAAAGAAAAGGCUGAAUGUUGUAAAUAAAAAAUGUAUAGUAUAUGAAAAUA